AUGCCCCGAAGCUCUGCCGUCGCCACAACACCGGCAAGGCGAGCAGGUGGAGACUCUAGCUCAUUACCAGCACGACGUCCCUCUCGCACCAGUGGAAAAGCUGAUCCGCGCACCCCCGUUUCAGAUGCGGUGUUCCACUCGGAGACGUUGCUGGAAGAAGCCCCCCAUGCCGGCCGUGAGGCGGAAUACGAGUCGGUCGUCGCCUACGUCUCACGGCGGCUGUUACACGAGACGAACACCUCCCUCUUCGUGUGCGGCGGUUGUGGGUGCGGCAAAACUUCGACUGUGAAGCGUGCGCUGCGUGCCAUGUCGGCACGUGUGUUGCCGUGUGAUGCCAAAGCACGCAGUCUCGUCAAGCACAGCACCCUCGAAGAGCGCGGCUGGAGAACUUGUGUAGCGAACGGUGAUGAUGCAGCUUCUGCCACGGUCAAAGCACCUUGCAGUGCUCGAAAAGCACUACUAACCGCACUUACCACAACACCACGCUCGUCUCAGCAGCUGCCGGCCGAGGAAGACGGCAGCUCCAGUGACGCCAACGGACUCACACCGUCGUCCUCGACUUCCCUGGUUGCUGCACUGUCGCGGACCACGUCGCCAGACACGUCGCUCACCUCCGCAUCGUCAUUGACCGCGGUCACUGCGAUCAGGGAUGCCCACGUGACCUUGUCUUCACCCGAAUCGGGCCGGCCAAGUCGCUCCAGUAUCGACUCCACUGCCACUGUUUUGGAAGCUGCCAGUCCGGUGCGUAGUGUCAAGCGCGGUCGCGCCGCGGAUGAGUGGGAGAGGGACAACAGGCGCUCAGCGGAACUGGACAGGAACGCCACAGUACUCUUGACGCGGAACGCAAAUGCGCGGCGGCGGACCCAGGAGCUGGAGCAGGAGGCGGUAUCGCACGCCCAACCAGAGCCGUUCAGCCUUGACUACUUCAGCAUGCGCUACCCCGAGGUGUUUUCGGCUGACAGAAGUGGUGCGGCGGCACCGUCCUCUGCAGCCGCCGCUUCGCCGUCCCACCCCCUUUUUGGACACUACGUGAACUGCGCCGAUGUGAGCGGUCCACUUUUGAUAGAGGCGCUGUGCGACAGCAUCCGGGCAACAUGCACCCGAAACGACAGUGCCACGCAGCUGCUGCUCCAGUGGCUUGCGUCCAUCGGCAAGACAGCAUCGAACCGGAGCCACGCCAUUCAUUACGCAGGCGCUGGGUCACUCAUCGCUUCUACCCCUGCACUUUCGGUGCGGUGUGCGAGACUGCCAGCGCUGCACGUCGUUGCGCUCGACGAGGUGGAGUACCUGCGUGGCGGCGGUGCCAAAACACUCACCCAGCUGGCAGAGCUCGCCUUUCAGCACCCUGCACAGCUGGCGCUGAUCUUCAUUUCAAACCAGCGCACCUUCGUGCACGUGCCUCAAAUGAUGUUGGAGCCGUUGCUAUUCCAACCGUACAGCGAGGCACGGCUGAGAGAGAUUGGCGCCAGUGCCGCCAAUGCCGAGCUGCAGCGGUGCGAGCAGCUCGCCGGCGCAGACGGCUGCACGUCGCGAUUCACUGGAGUGAAGAGCACUAGAGGAAGCGCAAAGGUGCGUAAGACCGUAGCGCACUCAUCAGCAACUGGUCACAUGCACCAGCGCGCCUCCGAUGUGGACAUCAAACCGCGCCUGUACGAUUACAUCGCGCGCAAAGCGCUCCUUGAGUUUUCUGGCGAUGUCCGGCAGGUUAUCGCCAUGUGCCACCGUGUUGUCUCGGUUGCCUGGCAGGAGGUGGCUGAGGCGAAGCUCGAGACUACCGCUGCUGCUGACACGGCGACGCCCACGCCCACGGCGAUGGCACGCGGCAACCGAAGCACUGUGGUCGUAAGGAGUACGCCGAUGGCCGACUUAUCCUCGAAGUUGGAGGCUGCUGUUGAGGCGUACAGCGUCGGUAAAUCUGCAGCCGCGGCAACACGAGCGACAACUGCAGUCUCAAGCACCUCGCGGUCUUCGUCCGGUGCUGCUGCCGUCAACGGCGUUUCCUCGACCCGGUUCAGUGGCGCCGGGGGUGCACCCUCUGCGUUGCUUACCGCUGAAGCACCGCCUGCUCCAGCACACUCGUCGUCGACGUCGUCCUCCGGUGUCAUGACGCUGGCUAAGAGCCUCCGUGUUCUACAAACCAAUCAAGUUGAAAGCGACAUCGACAAACACAUUGGCGCCCUACCAGAGCAGACACUUUACGUCCUCAGCUGCAUUGUUGUCCUCACUUUGCGCAAACAGGAGGCGCGCACCUACGCGUCGACGAGUAUUAGUGGCCGCAUCGGCACAGCUCGCACGCCAGGAGCGGGUCUCACGACGGCUCAGCGCGCGGUACCGACGUUGUCACUGAAGAUGCACGAGGUGCACCAGCUGUACACACGACUCAUGGCGAAGCUGCACUUCCCCGCAAUGCGGGCUGACGGCUUUCCUGUGCAGGUGGAGUGCCUCGCCGACUUUGGCGUGCUGACGCGGCCACAGCUGCGCGGCACCGAUCGUGUUUUUUCACUGAACGGGACCUGGACGUUGCCGGCGAUGCAAGCAGCACUUGUGAAGCGUGGCGAGGCGAUCAAGCAGGACCGCAUGGCGGCUGGCGCGGGGGCGAUGAUGGAGAACCGCUUCGAAGAGGUGCUGCGCGAGCUGGCGGGCCUGGUCAAGUAG